CCGAUCCUCCAGAUUCUCUGCGUUAAAUCCAUCACCGCCUCUCUCUCUCCUAUUUAUGUAACUCCUCGUCUUCCCUUACAUUGAUUUCUGUGUCCUUUGACGUUAAAUUUCUUACUAAAACGCCUUCCUCUUUUAUUUUUCUUUAUCUUUCCCAAGAGAAAAAAAAAACAAUGGCAGUCCGAGAUUUAUCUUCCUCUUCUUCUUCCCCUGAGUUACAUGUUCUCGCCGUCGAUGAUAGUUUCGUUGAUCGUAAGGUUAUCGAGAGAUUGCUUAGAAUCUCCUCUUGUAAAGUGACGACUGUCGAGAGUGGGACUAGGGCUCUUCAGUAUCUUGGUCUUGAUGGAGACAAAGGAUCUUCCGGUCUUAAGGAUUUGAAGGUAAACUUGAUAGUGACAGACUAUUCUAUGCCGGGACUAACAGGAUAUGAACUACUCAAGAAGAUCAAAGAGUCUUCAGCAUUCAGAGAAAUACCAGUAGUGAUAAUGUCCUCUGAGAAUAUACAACCUCGUAUACAACAAUGUAUGACAGAAGGAGCAGAGGAUUUCCUACUAAAACCGGUGAAAUUAGCAGAUGUGAAGCGGUUAAAAGAACUUAUAAUGAGAAGUGGUCAAGCUGAAGAAGGAAAAACCAAAAACCCUUGUACUAAGAGAAUCCUUCAGGACGAUAUUGAUUCAUCUCCAUCAUCAUCAUCAUCAUCAUCAUCAUCCUCCUCCUCCUCCUCCUCAUCAUCAUCAUCAUCAUCAUCAUCCUAUCAUGAUGAUGUUUCUUCUCUGGAUGACGACACCCCAUCUUCCAAGCGGAUGAAGUUAGAAUCUAGGGUUCAUGAUUGAGUUUGAGCAUUAUCUUUCUUUGUUUUUGUUCUGUGGUUUCUGUAAUAUACAUUGAGCCAAGACAGAUGUUGGAUAAACUUUUGUUUUGAUAUAUGCAAGUCUUAGAGCAUGAUGCUCAUCAUAU